UUAAGGAACCACAUGAAACUGUCUCUAACGACAUUCCUCAUUAUCCUACAUGUUUAUCAACAUGAUAAACUUCACCCACGAAACAAGCUCUUUGCUUCUUGGCCUUGCGUGUCUCAGCCGAGUUCCCAAAUUGAACAAACCAGAGAAUCAACUUUCUGCCUCGAAUAAUAAAUAAGUCAUAACCGAGCAGGACGAGCAGUGGUGGCUCCUCCCAAACGAAAGGUAUGCCAAACUGAACUACUUGUUGCCAUGAAGGAGGAAAAGUUGUUUUUCGAUUAGUCGGAGUCAGUGCCACUAACCUAGUGCAACUCGGCUUGUCGUAUCUUUUGUUCGGAAAAAUUUCAGGCACUACACAUUAGAACUCGAAAUCUUUACAUUCAAUUAAUUCUCAAUGGAUUCAAGUUUCAACAGCGAGCAGUUGGACACCGACCGCAAUGGACUACAAAAACUUCUGGCCCGAUCUCUCAAGGAGCCCAUUCUUGGCAAGCACUUUGCGCUGCCGGGCCGCAUAGGGCAGAGUCCACCCAUCGAACUGGACACCAGCCAGAGCUACAUUGCCGUCUACACGCAUCUCAAAGUGCACGCCACCAGGAUGCCAGAGAGAUUGCCCACGCCGGAGGCAAUCGGACGUAUACAGGCGGAGAACUUGGAGGCAACGCCCAAGACUCGAAGUUCAAAGACACGCUUGGAUCCCUGCUCAAAUAUAAAUUAAAUUACGGUUGCCAUCAAUAAAGAAAAUAUUAUUUUAUCUUAUUGUAUCCCUUAAAUGUAGUAAAAUAUUGAAAUUAUUUUUUUUAGUUUAUUAAAUAUAUAUGUUCAUAAUCCUUAAAGGCAUAGGCCUAACAUCAAA